AUGUCCGCAUCGGCACCACCAGCUUAUAAUCCUUAUCAAGGAGGGAAUCAGACUGGAGGCGGAGGAGGCGGUAUCAUUUCUGUCCAGGUCCCUCCUGGUGCUACUAGCGGUACCACUUUACAAAUCACAAAUCCUCAAACUGGAGCUCCUCUCCAGGUACAGGUGCCCUACGGAGUCGGUCCUGGUGAAGUUUUUCAAGUUCAAAUACCAUCAGCAUCAUAUGCUGGUUCUUAUCAGUCCACAUCAGGGUACUCCCAACCAGUGAAUUACCAGCAACCACCUAAGCAAACUAUCAUCAUCCACGAGUCGGACGAUCGGCGUCGUUAUGACAAUGGCGAUGCCGGCCUCGCCUGCUGUGCGGGGAUGCUUGGUGCUUGUGCGGCAUGCGCUCUGUGCGAUAUCCUGAUGCAGUUUUAA